GAGCCUGUAGACUCAUCAUGCACCCUGGCCAAGCUCAUAGGGAAACGCUUGCUUGCAGCCAAGCACGUUUAGCCUGAUGGGAAAACAAUGGAAAUCGGGAUUCUGAAGCAUGCCCUGCUUUAUGGCCAAGAUGAUCGUAGUGUGCCGCUGUAAGAGACAGGGAAUACCGAGCUUGUCUUCUGCUUGUUGGGUGGAGUUGUGAAGUCAUUGGUCGCCGAAAGUAGGCACAGCUGGGUCUCGGUAGGAUAUCGUGAGGUUUGCAGGCAGGUAUAAGACUGUGUGCUGGCAGCUCUAUCUGUGGCUCAUCAGCAAGCAAACUCGCCUUCAUUCUUCUUCUUCACUUCUCAAGCCCGGUGCUUCUUAUAAUCUCUUUUCUCUUCAACAAUUCAAGCUGAGCUUGACUUCUUAAUAAAAGCCAUGUAUAUCUCACAAUUUGCACUUGUUGCUGCUCUGGCAGCCUCGGUCUCCGCACACGGUGUUGUCACCGAGAUCCAAGGAGCAAAUGGUGUCAAUAUGCCUGGUCUCACAGUUGCUGAUGGCACACCUCGUGACUGUUCAUCGAACGGCUGCGGUUCUCAGGCAGACACCGCAAUCAUUCGCGACCGCGAAAUUGCCAGCGGCAAGGCCACCCCUCUUGGACGUACUCAGGGCAACGGUCCUGUAGAUGCUUCUGUCAUGGUUGCAGCUUUCAUGGGAGCUGGCGCUACACCACCUACCAACCAAGGCGCCUCAGGCAGUGUCGGCGUCGAGGACAACCUUCCCCAGAAUGGUGGUGCUGGUGCGCGUAAACGUCAAUUCCUGAGCGGUCUCUUCGGCGGAGGAGGUGGAGCUGGUGCGGCUGGUGCAGCUGGUGCGGCUGGUGCGGCUGGUGGUGGCGGUGGCGCCACUGGCAUCGCUGGUCUUUUCGGCGGUGGUGGUACCAAGGCUGAAGGCCCGCCCGAGGCCCGUGUUGCCGCUGCUCAGGGUUCAGGAGCUUCCAGUGGUCUACCCACUUGUGCAGAUGAUGGCACAGUCACCAUGACUCUCCGCCAGAUCAACCAGGACGGUGCUGGUCCGUUCACUGCCGACGUUGAUGGCACAAGUGGAGGCACCGAUGAAGCCGCCAUGCAGUCCGCGACUGUCACUCAGGACGUUCCUGGUCUAGGUGUCCAGGGUAUCUCUCUAGCCACUAGCACCGAGUUUCAGAUGACAGUUCAGAUGCCCGCGGGUAUGACUUGUGAUGCCACCGUCGCCGGUACUCCUAAUGUCUGCGUUAUGCGUGUCCGGAAUGGCGCCGCUGCUGGUCCCUUCGGUGGCAGUGUUGCAUAUACUCAGAGCACUGGAGCCAGGAAGCGAGCCAUCGCCUAUAGACUGAAGAAGCGUAUGGAGCUUUCGCGCAAGCUCUAGAUGAUGAGAGGGUGUUGCUGUUUGGUUUCGACAAGGUUGGCUGGCUCAACCAUACUCAAGUUUUAUAGCCAGAUGUUGCU